GGUCGACUGCGGACGCGCGAUCGUCUCAGUGAGCUCACCGGAGCACCACGAAAGUUGCAUGAAAAAAAUGUUGGAGUUUUACACGAAUAUUAACCCUGGAUUGAUGCAGGAGAGCAUGCAGCCGCCGCUCAGCUGCCCCAACAGAACAGAGCUGAGCGCCAGCAUCAAGCGGGAGAAGAUCGUGGAGAUAUGCGAGGGAUGCGGCCAGAAGAUCCAGGACCGCUACCUCAUGAGGGUCGGCGAGCUGUCCUGGCACGAGCACUGCCUCAGCUGCUGCGUCUGCGGCUGCCCGCUCGCCCACACCUGCUUCACCAGGAACGCCAAGCUCUACUGCAAACCAGAUUACGAUAGAUUGUUCGGGGUGAAAUGCACGAGGUGCGGCGAUCGCCUUCUGCCGCAGGAGAUGGUGAUGCGCGCUCAGCAGUACGUGUUUCACAUCCAAUGCUUUGUCUGCGUGAUGUGCUGCCAGCCGCUGCAGAAGGGCGAACAAUACGUCAUCAGAGCCGGCCAGAUAUUCUGCCGCCAAGAUUUCGAGAAGGAAAUGUACUUGAUGCAGCAUGCUGAGGACGAUAUGAUCAUAGACGAUUCAGAGCGCCCUCGCGACGGAAGGCGAGGCCCGAAGAGGCCUCGAACGAUUUUGACAUCAGCUCAGCGCAGGCAAUUCAAGGCCUCCUUCGAAGUCAGCCCGAAACCGUGCCGUAAAGUCCGCGAAGCUCUCGCAAAAGACACUGGAUUGAGCGUCCGAGUAGUUCAGGUGUGGUUCCAAAACCAGAGGGCUAAAAUGAAGAAGAUCCAAAGGAAGGCCAAGCAAGAGGGAGACAAGAAUACCGAAAAGGAUAAAGAUAAAGAUGAGAAAAAUAUAAAGCAGGAGUCACCGUCAAGCGAGCACGGGAACUACUUGGGCCUUGAUGGAUCUUACUCUGCUUCAAGUCAACCUCUGAACCCGAAUCUGCCGUACUCUCCAGAUGAUUAUCCAGCGCAUUCUGGCGACAGCUUCUGCAGCUCAGACAUAUCCCUCGACGGCAGUAACUUCGACCAGCUCGACGAGGGCGCUUCUGAUACCAUGAGCUUACAGAACCUGGAGGUCCAGCAUCACUCGCAUCAACACGCUUCUCACGAGCCGCUCAACUUGGGCACGGGGGCUGUGGUGAACCCCAUAGACAAGCUGUACCUGAUGCAGAAUUCGUACUUUAGCACUGAUCAUUGAUUAGAUAGCCGACGUGGCGCUGGUCGGCGCUGCAGGCACGGCCAGCGACUGCGCCCCCCGGCUGCUGUGAGCAUCUCUGUGAACGCCACAGCAACGGUCACCAGCCACACCAGCACCAUCACGCACGCCGCUGAAGCAGCGAUGCACGCCGCGAUACCGUUUUACGCUGGACAGUACCAAAUGCCAAAUCAGUAUUGAGAUUAUCCGAGCUCUCCGUAGACAUAGAGCAGUUACAAUAAUUAGUCAAAUGCUAUUUGCACCCCCAUAAAGGUUGCAAGUCCUCUUUUAGUAAAAUUGUGUUAUUGUUGUAAUGUAGAACAACUUACAGAAACCCGACCCCCGUUAGAAGUAGUGUAGUAAUUUUGCAGCUUUCGCUUUUGAUAAAGACAGUUACAGUUAUAAUCUUACCUACUAAAUGUGAAACUUAUGUAUAUUCGGUGUUUAUACAUUACUUACUCGUACCUAGUAAGUUAGGACACAUCCGGCGUACAAGUGUUUUGGGAAAGUAUUCUAAAUCCUAAAUUAAGAGUGUAAAUUAUGUACAGAUAGUGUUUUAAGCUUCAACAAUGUAGAGACCGGUCACUGUAUUUCAAAUACGUAGAGUUUAGUAUUUAGAGAAGGUUUUUGAACUACACACAGUACCUAUUAUUAAUUUGUAGUUAACUUUUGUGUUCUUGGAUUUGUUACAGAAUAUUAGAUCAAGCCGAUUUUGAAGGGAAUUACCCAUAGUUACUCAUUUUAAAGAAUUUUCAGUCUGCCACUGGACAAGGGAAAAUAUUUUCAUUGUCCAGUGUUAGACAACGUAAUAGUAAUUUUGCCGUAAAGUUAGGAAAAUAUUUAUGUCCGUUACAAGUUAGUUAAAUCAUCCUCAAACUAGUAAACAAGUAAUUCAAGUUUACAAAGUUACUACAAACCAUUAUGCAUCUGAAUCUGAAAUAGUAUAAUAAUGACCUAGUUGUUACCGAUUUAUGUAAUAUUACACUCGUUACCUUCAAUGUUAAACAUAGAGUAAAUAAAUAGGAAUUCACAAAGCUGCAUUUAAAAAUAAUACAGUUGUAACUUUAAUUUAAGCAAUUACCUUCUUAAUAGUUGUAAAUAUAAAAGUUAUCAGUGUAGGUAUUCGUGUAAUAUUAGUGGGUGUCUACAUUGAAAUACUAAAAGAUAAGCAAAAUUAAAAGCCUCGUCAUAGGUUUCAAUUUGUUUUGUUGGUGAUUUUUGUAACUUUGCUGAUGUUAUAAUGAUAAUAUAAUAUAAGAUUCUUAUUGUAAAAUUAAAAGUAAUGUGUACUUAAGUAUUCACCUUCAUACAACUACACGAGACUUUAUUUUAUUAAGUACUUUUGCUUCAAACUACACCUACUUAACUAGACACUGUACCCUCUCUAAAAUAGUAUAAUAAUCAAAACAUAAAUCAAUUAACGUUUUGUUGUGUAGAUAUUUAAUGAAUAUAUGAAUCUAUUGUUGUGCUAUUAGAUUGUUAGGUGCACUUGAAUCAUAGUUUAUUUAACUUAUUAUAAUAACUUUUAACCUACUAACAAUUAUUUUCUGCAUUUACGUGUUAUUCUAGUCAAAUUAUUGUUUAAGAAUUAUUUUAGUGAAGCGUUACAUAAAAGCUGUAAGGCUGCGUAUCUACCUAAGAAAUAUUUUAUUUAAAUUGCCGCCUGUAAUAUAUAAUUUACCUAACUUAUUUUACCAACUUAUG